AUGAAACUCGAUAGAGACAAUUCAGGUUCCAUUGAUAAAGAUGAAUUCCUUGCCAUUCCACAAAUCGCAAGCAAUCCAUUAGCAUCACGAAUGAUUGCCAUAUUUGAUGAGGACGGUGGUGGAGACGUGGAUUUUAAGGAAUUUAUUUCGGGGUUAAGCACAUUCAGUGCAAAAGGGAAUAAAACCGACAAAUUGCGCUUUGCCUUUAAGGUUUACGACAUGGAUAGAGAUGGAUAUAUUUCAAAUGGCGAAUUGUUUAUCGUUUUAAAAAUGAUGGUCGGGAAUAACCUUAAGGACAAUCAACUUCAACAGAUUGUUGAUAAAACGAUCAUGGAAGCUGAUAAGGAUAAAGAUGGGAAGAUUUCUUUUGAGGAAUUCUGUGAGAUAGUCGAAGCAACUGACAUCUCAAAGAGUCUAACCCUGACGGAAUUCUAA